AUGCUCCCACAGCACUCAAUUCCACCCAAAGAAGGCCGAUUUGCUCCGUCACAUCCGAGGCCUAGCGUCAAAACACGACGAAAACGCAUGCUUUUGCGGAUCACGCGCCUCACUUUUGCGGUAGUAGCUGGGUGGUUGGUGAUAUCAUUUCUACUUGGCUCACCAGCUUCAGACGCAAAUAAUCUGCGAUCGACUUCCAGCUUGGUCACGGACAAAAAUUUGCAAUUCCAGCCCACUGAUAUCAGGACAGUGGAAUUACCGGCACAUGAUUCGACCUCGCAAGGGACGCCUGAUGAAAAACCUAUUGUGAAAAAUCCAAUAGGAUUGCAGGAAAAUAUAGACUCUGCAACAAGGAAAGACCAAGAAUCACUGAAGCCACUCGAAAAUAAUGUCGAAAAUACCAAAAAGAACACGAAUUCAAAGAACUUGGAGUCUGAAUUCUUUGGCGAUGCUCUUGAUUCCCUUUUAUCGACAAUUUCCAACGACCUCUAUCUUCGAGAGCUCAUUCAGCCAGUAAUCGGCACAGGCGAGGAGAAGCUGCACGAGCUUGCCCUACGCACACGUGCAUAUAAAAAGCUGUUUGAGGCUUGGGAGAAUGUCCACCUCGUCAGCAACGAUGACCAUACUUACGUACGGGACGAUAUUUUCCCCCAAAUCCGCGACAGGUUCAGCGGGUCAACAUUCCCUGAGGCGCUGCACAAAUAUGAAGCUUACCGCCACUUUAUCACCGAGUUUUCCGCACUGUUGUUUCCAUGGACGAGCCCAUACUUUGCAGAUCACAUGAGUUUGCACGUUUCGACGCGCCAUGGAGGCCGCGGUAUCGUGACAACGGCGGGCAAUAACCACGCCCCUUUUUUACUGGCUGCAAUUCCUUCAUUUCGCCUCCUGGGCUGCGAUCUUCCCGUCGAGGUAAUGUAUCUCGGCGAGAACGAUUUAAGUGAAGAUUUCCGCAAGAAGCUUGAUGCACUGCCAGGCGUCACAACGCGUGACCUUUCCGCAAUGGUGAGCGACGAAGGUUGGCGACUUAACGGAUGGGCUGGUAAGCCCUUUUCUAUACUCCUCUCUUCUUUCCGGGAAGUUGUAUUCAUCGACGCCGACUCACUGUUCUUUGUCAACCCCGAGUUGCUAUUUGAUGACCCGGAUUAUGUGCGCACUGGCGCUCUUUUCUUCAGAGAUAGAAAUAUCCUGCCGGAGAGUAAGAAGGAAUGGCUACAGAAAAUCUUGCCGAAGCCGAUUUCGCAAUCUGUGCAGCAAAGCAGAAUGUGGACUGGGGAGAGCGGGCAUGUACAAGAGUCGGGAGUUGUUGUUGUGGAUAAGUGGAAGCACUUUGUUGCAUUGUUGCUUGUAUGCAGAAUGAAUGGGCCAGAUAGGAAUAAGAACGGCGUGGACACUGUAGGAACUUAUGAUAUGGUCUAUGGUGAUAAGGAAACCUUUUGGAUUGGAUGGGAGCUCGCUGGUGACACUUCCUAUGCCUUCCACCAGGGCGGAUCUGGAGUCAUGGGCGUAGUGCAAACCCCUGACAACUUGAACUCCACUGACGAAGGCCUUGCAUCGACCGUUGGUACAGAGACUGAACCGGUCCCAACGAAAAAAGUGCGCAAAAUGGCACCUGGCCAUGAAUCUGACCUAACCAUAUGUGCCCCCCAACUUCUUCAUUUGGACCGCGACAAGCGCCCUCUGUGGUUCAAUGACUGGCUGUAUGAGAAUAAAUAUGCGGGGAGUAAGCGAGUUCUAGGAAAUUUCGAGAUGUUUAUGGAGGAGCCGGGUGAAUCGUUGGAUCGAGCACCGUGGCAACUGGAGGAGAGUAAUCUCUGUUGCUUGUCAAAUUCUGUGGCAAAGGACUUCACAAAGCAGGAGGCCGAAUGGCUGGGGGUGCUGAUUGACAUGGCAAGGACAGUUGAGAGCUAG